GUGUUUAAAGUCCAUCAGAGAGGGGAGUAUACAUGCCCUGUACUCGAAACAACCCAGCCCCAUUUCCACCUCACUACAUGUCUGUGCAUUAGAGUUUCAUGAGCCUGGAUUUGUUUGGUCUGACUGCAAGAUGAAGCAAGUUGUUAAGACAGUGGUUCUGUGCCUGGCCCUGAGUCUAGGAAGAUGCAAUGAAGAAGUAACCCCAGACAACUCAGUCAACCAAGCUGCCCCAGAGAAAUCAUCCUCAGCAGACUGGGGCAUUGGGACCAUCCGAGAUGGCUUUGAAACCGUUAAUGGCUAUUUUGACUCUUUUUUAGAGCUGCUAGGAGGAAAAAAUGGGGUUUGUCAGUACAGAUGUAGAUAUGGGAAGGCUCCAAUGCCCAGACCUAACUACAAGCCACAAGAGCCCAAUGGCUGCAGCUCCUACUUCCUUGGUCUCAAGGUACCAGAAAGCUUGGAUUUAGGUAUCCCUGCCAUGACUAAGUGCUGUAACCAGCUGGAUGUUUGUUAUGACACCUGUGGAGCCAACAAAUACCGCUGUGAUGCUAAAUUCCGCUGGUGCCUCCACUCCAUCUGCUCAGAUCUCAAACGGAGCCUUGGUUUUGUCUCCAAGGUUGAAGCUUGUGAAUCUGUAGCAGAUACAGUGUUUAACACUGUCUGGACUCUGGGCUGCCGACCCUUCAUGAACAGCCAAAGAAGCGCCUGCAUUUGUAAUGAGGAAGAAAAAGAGGAACUUUGAAGAGCAGAGACCUCUAGCCAGAGAUGACCUCAUGCAUCCCCUCUCUGAUGCAGCUCUUUAGCAAGCCAUUUUCCAUCAGCCCUCUGAAAUGGAGAAGUUAUGAUAGUAUGGGGCAGGAGGAGCAGAUUUUUGCACUGUGUAUAAUGCAUCAGUUACAGCUUUGGGGUGGAGGAGUGCAGUCAGAGGCUGUGACAGCUACUGCCUACCUCAGAUCCAAUCUAACAGCCCCAUCUCUUUCCAGGUGUAUCAUUGUGGGUUAUUUUAAUGCCAAUUUUCUAUUGAGACCAAUUAAGAUGAGCAAACAGAAUGCAAUGCAGACAGUAAUAAGUAGUUUUUGCAGCAGAUGUUAUACACGUGUAUGACAACUUCCUCUCUCACUGAUACACCCUGCAAAACAAGUUUUCCCACUAGCCAUCAAAGUUCCAGUCACUAGUUACAUCUUUUAAAUAAAUUAUUCAAAUACAUGAGAUGAGAUGAGCUACAAUAUCUGGGGACAGGGUGGAAAAGUUCAUCCCAUUCUGGGGUUUUGGUUCAGACCCAUUAUUUACACACAUACAAACUACCCCGCUUAUCUGAAAUGUUUAGAGGCUCCCCAAACUGUUCAGAUAACCAAGGAUUUUUGUUUGCUAAGAGAAUGAUUUAUGGCUGGGGACAUGGCUGAGGAUUUUGAGUAGUUCCAAUACACAUGUGCACACAAAGGUAGACUGGGAUAAAGACCAUCCACACUAUACACGCUGAUACACAUAUAGGACUCUGCCCAUAAUUUCCACAGCAGAGGAAUAAGUUUCCCCCCCACCCCCAUUCCAUUCAGCUGUACCUGUUUAUUUUCCUCCUUCAUAAUUUAAAACCAAAGGGAAAAAUUACAUUAGUCUCCAGUAAGCACCUUCAGCAGUGUCCUUUUAAGGGGAGGGGGGAUUUGCAGGAGGCAAAGAGUUGGAUUUGAUGGGAAUUUGGGAAAUCUUCAGGCAUCCUUGUAGAAUGGUACUGUACAGGCUAUGUUUGGUAAGGCAGGGCUUGGUUUCACCCCUCUCCUUUGGGUAGGGACAUGGCUAACUUAAAGAGAUGAACAAUCCCAGCGGAUUUAUUUUUUCAAACAUGUUUAAGAUCUAAAUCUGUUAAAGGAUUCUCUUAUAGACUUUAAAAACUACCCCCAUUCCCCCCAGGGAAUUUUGUUGGGGUUUGUUGUUGCUGCAAGGGAGUUUCUACCAAGAUGUCAGAUUUCAGAGUAGCAGCCGCAUUAGUCUCUAUCCGCAAAAAGAAAAAGGAGGACUUGUGGCACCUUAGAGACUAACAAUUUUAUUUGAGCAAAAGCUUUCGAUGAAGUGGGCUGUAGCUCAUGAAAGCUUAUGCUCAAAUAAAUUUGUUAGUCUCUAAGGUGCCACAAGUCCUCCUUUUCUUUCUACCGAGAUGUGUGUACCAUACAAGAUAAAGUGGAUCUAAAACAUGCCUGUAUAUGUGUGUGUGUGUAUACAUUUUACACACACACUCCCCGUCUUCCAUUAACUUUUACACAUUGCACAGUGGAAGUUACAACACUGUUUUUUUGACAGGUUCUGUUUUAGUUAUAUCCUUGCUGGCAUAUAUGUUUAAACUGAUACAUUUAGCAGUAAGUUAUUUAAACUACUGUCCCUGUUUUUGCCAGGCUUAUUGGCCGCACAUUGGAAAGUGUUAUACAUGUGACCUAUAUGGUCUGCCGCAACGGGAGGCUAUUGUUAGAAAACAUGAGACUAAGGUAAUAAAAAGUGAUAUCACUGAGUUGUGUGGGGAUUCCCCACUUCCCUUUGGAAGGGACAUUUUUAUCUCAUCAGUGCAAAUUAGAGGUUCCUCUCAGCAGGUGAUAAGCCAUUGGCCAGUGAGUAUUACAGUGCCAAAGUUCAGCCCAGUAGCUAUCAGAAUGUUUCCUGCAGAAAGGACCUGAUUGUCAGCCCUAGUUUGUCUGGGGUGGAAGGGGUAGGAGGAGUUGUGUGGGAGGAAACAUUUCUGGUUUCAGACCCUAAGAACUUUAUAUUCCAUUGUUAAUUCUAAAUGUCAGUUUAUACGUACAAUUAAAUAUCACUUGCAAAAAUAUCUUGUUUAUGUUCAGUAGCUACCUUUAAAUUGCAGAUCUCUACAGUGACACAUGAGAGCUGACCCAAGCAUGCAAUGACAUGCUAGAUCAUGACAAAAUGGAUAAACAGAGGGGUUUUGAAUGGAACCUUUCCAUCCAAGCUUUGGUACUUUGAGAAUAUCACAAAUAAAAAUAUUUCUUUAGAUCUACAUAGCACCUUUCAUCCCCAAAGCACUUUACAAACUGCAGCCGAUACACGGAAGACCAUUGAGCCUGCAUUUUUCAGUGUAGUUUCCUUUUACUGACUUGGGGGG